AUGCUGUCUUUAUCUGACUGCAUACCGUGGAUGACUGUAGGCUUAGCCGAGUCUGUUACUAUAGUAACACUCAACCUCUGUACGAUAAUUGUGUUUAUAAGAAACCGUAAUCUCCGCAAGCGUAGCACGUACCUGGUGAUAAAUUUGGCAGUUAUAGAUAUGUUGGUUGGAGGAGUUGCUGUGUAUGUUCUGUUCUAUUGGCCUGGGGUAGACUGUAAUCUGUGGAAGUUGCAUUCAUUUAAAGUUGGGACAGAUUAUUUUAUAACAGUACUAAUGGGGUUAUUCGUCUUUGGUUCGUUAAUAAAUAUCGCCAUCAUCGCUUUAGAACGGGUGCACGCGACCUUCUUCCCGUUUAGGCAUCGUGUGCUAAAAAAAUGGGUAUAUCGAUUAAUAAUUGCUGUUGUUUGGCUUACAUCUGGGUUGGUAGGAAUAGCUCCUGUAGUUCUCGAACAGUUUGAAGAAAGAUAUUACAGUUUUUACUGGUAUGCUACAUCUUAUUUAAUUUGUCUUUUAAUUAUUUGUGUUUCUUACUCAUCCAUUGUUAUUAAAGUCCGUUGUAGAGGGCAGCCUCAACACCAUGGUGCAACCAGUAGAGAAAGAAAACUGACCAUGACAUUGUUAAUUGUGACUGUUGUAUCUCUUCUGUUGUACCUGCCACACGUUAUAUUGCGUUAUGUCAUUUAUAUCAGUAAAUUUAAAAUAUGGCGGUCACUAACCCCUUCAGUGCGUUUUCAUUUAGAUUAUGCAUUGUUGGUUUUACUUUGUGCAAACUCUCUUGUAAAUUCUAUAUUAUACGCUAUGCACAUGCCAGAAUACAGAUCAGCUUUACUUGCACUCUUUCGCAAACUGAGACCUCAGCAACAAAGACAAGUUGUAGUUUUUCCUCUUCGUGACAUCCAUGGUGCAACCAGUAGAGAAAGAAAACUGACCAUGACAUUGUUGAUUGUGACUGUUGUAUCUCUCCUGUUGUACCUGCCACACGUUAUAAUGGAUUAUGUCGUUUUUAUCUCUAAAUUUAAAAUAUUGCAGUCUCUGUCCUUUUCAGUGGUUUUUCAUUUAAAUUCUGCAUUGAAGGUUUUAUUUCAUGCAAACUCUCUUGUAAAUCCCAUAUUAUACGCUAUCCGCAUGCCAGAAUACAGAUCAGCUUUGCUUGCUCUCUUUCGCAAACGACCUCAGCAACAAAGACAAGUUGCAGUUUUUCCUCUUCAUGACAUGUAAUGCAGAUACUAUAAAAAGCUAUUCCAGUUUCCCUGCCCAGCUUUGUUGUUUUCAAACAUUAUAUUAACCCACAUUUUAUAGAUGAACGAGCACGAUGAGA